CUUCACCGAAGAGGAGACAGAGAAAGAGCGGCGAUGGCUGAGCUGGAGCUUCCGCUGGUGCAGGACGCCCCGCUGACCAAGUGCAUGCGGCUGCGGGCGCAGAGCCUCCAGCAGAAGGGCGAGAAGCCCCAGGACGGCGAGAAGCUCCUGCAGGCCCACGAGUUUGUCUACCGGCUGGACUUCUCCCGCCAGCUGGGCCUCGGCUUUGUGCGCUGGAACGUCGCCCUGCAGAAGCCGGGGAAGGUGACCCUCAUCGGCACCUCGCAGCACUGGACGCCCGACCUGACCCACCUCAUGCGGAGGCAGCUGCUCGAACCGGUGGCCGUCUUCUGGAAGACGGCGGACUCCCAGGAGCUGGAUUGGAACGAGGCCGACGCGCUGGAGUUUGGGGAGCGGCUGGUGGAGCUGGCCAAGAUCCGGAAGGUGAUGUACUUCCUCCUGGCGUACUCCGAUGGCCUCGAACCGGCCCACGUCAAGUGCUCGGUGACGUUCAAGGUCUGAGUCGGACCCGUCCUCGUCGCCUGGCCCGCCCCACUCUUUUCCCCUGCCUCCAUCUUCCACCUUGGGCUCUGUGGCUUGAGCAUCCCUAUAUCUCAGGCACCGUUGCCCCUCUGCACUUGGAAUUUCCGCCCCCUCCUCUUUGAGCAGCUGCCUGCUCUAAUUCGGAGUAGCCCCGAUGGCUGCAGAAGUCCCCCUGCUCUCCCAGCAUGGCGAAGGCUGUGUUUGCUGCUGUUAGCUUAGAAAGCGGGUGCGUCUGCAGGCAGGGCCUCUCUGGAGACGCACAAAGCUGGAUCUGUCGCAUUGGGAAGCGAUGCAGCUGGAAGGAGCAGCCUCCUGCUGGGGGGGGGGCGGAGGCUGCCGUUCCCACGAUCAACAACUCUGUAGUGCUGCCCCUGCUCAAGAAAUUCAUUGGAUGCUGAAUCUAAAAGGCGCCCCGCUCCCCACCACCACCACCACUGGAUCAGAAGCAGAACUUCAUGCAAAGAAAGGAAAAGUCUGGGAAUCUGCAUCGCUCCAAGUGUCCUGUAGACCAUGGAGUACAUCCUCUAAUAUGGAAUCCAGGAUCUUGCAUGGAUCCCUGGCUGCUUUAACUUUGCCCUCAAAGUAAGCUUCUAGCCCUCAUGAGAGAGAGAGAGAGAGAGAGACUAUAUUUUUAUAGUUGAUUAAAGAUGCCAAGGGGAGAUUCCAAUGGGGAGGACUCAAGGUCGAUUUAUGUAGUUCCCUAUCCUCCUCAUAUCUGUGUUGUCUCUGAUCUUAUCGUCUCCCUCCACCCCUCCCCUCUGUUAAUUAUGUCACUUUAAAUUGCACAGAGCAUUCCAGAGAUGUCAGUUGUGUUUCCCUUAACAGCCCUGUGAAGUAGUUAAGGUUUUCGAUAUUGAGAACUGAGAUGGAGCGCAAGUGACAUGCUCUCCUGAAGGAUCUCUGGUUAGGGUUGGAUUGGAACCCGUGAUUCCAGGGCUAGGUUCAUCCCCGGAACAACACCAGCAUGUUUUUGUGAAAAGUAAUUUUUUCCUUGAGCGGUUUGCAGGAGAAUGAAAAGAGCCCUCCCAAAUUGUACAAGCUGUAUAAUUCAUGUAUAUGUAAAGGUAUUUUUCUACUUCUCCGCUGUUGGGGUAAUUUUAUUCUAUGUGCUGGUGAGGGAAGGGAUAGGAACAUAGGAAGCUGCCAUAUACCGAGUCAGACCUUUGGUCCAUCUAGCUCAGUAUUGUCUACCCAGACUGGCAGUGGCUUCUCCCAAAUCGCAGGCAGGCGUCUCUCUCGCCUCUAUCUUGGAGAUGCCAAGGAGGGAACCUGGAACCUUCUGCAUCCAAGCAUGCAGGUGCUCUUCUUCCCAGAGGGGCCCCAUCCCCUAAGGGGGGGGGAUAUCUUACAGGGUUCACGCACGUAGUCUCCCAUUCAUAAGAACAGCCCUGCUGGAUCAGUUCCAAGGUCCAUUCAUAAGAAGUGCCCUGCUGGAUCAGUUCCAAGGCCCAUCUAGUCCCGCCUCUGGUUUCCCCCAGUGGCCCACCGGAUGCCUCUGAGAAGCCCACAGGCAGGAGCUGAGGGCAGGCCCUCCCUCCUGCUCCUGCUCCCCUGCCACUGGUAUUGAGAGGCAGCUUGCCUCUGAGGCUGGAGGUGGCCUAGAGCCACCAGAUGGACCCCCCAACUCAACCCCGGGCAUCUCUAGUUAAAGCAGCAGGGGAUGAGAGACACCGUUCUCUGCCCCAAGCCCUGCCGGGUCCUGGCUCUAACUCGGUACAAGGCAGCUUCAUAUGUUCUUUUCCAUCUCCCCUGUGUUGAAUUUUAGACUGUGAAACCCCUCACGGCAGGGAUAGUGUGUGGAAGGCGGAUGCUCAGUGGUAGAAACUAACAUCCCGGAAAAACAGCAACUUUCUUAUACGAUGUGCUAGCUCUAUAUUGCAGCGAUUACAUUCGAAACAAGGCAUUGGAAAUGUGAAUGGCACCCUGCUGUCCGCAUAAGCACUGCGGCGUCACGACACAGGGAGUGUGGAGGCACCCUUCCGACUCCGAGAUACGAUGCAACCCCAUUGCAGGGUCCAAUCUGGAAAGCACCCAAGAGGGAGAAGCACACAGCUGCCUCUCUGGGUCUCCUGCUGCUUUCUGUGCCCCUCUGACUGCUGUUGAUCUCUCCCCCGCCCUUUCCAAAAGCCUGGAGUGGAGAACGGAGGACCCAGAAGUGUGGGCUGCACACCUCCUGUUCCACCCCCCACCCUUUACCUUUUCCAAAGUGGGGGAAGAGCGGGAGCUUGGCUGCUGUUUCCACCAGCCCUCCUCUCAAACAAGGAAAUGGGGGGAAGAGAAAGGGGGGAAAUUGGGGUCAGAGGGUAAUGUGGAAAGGAGAGGAGGAGACGCGUGCGCACAGCAGCCUGAGGAGAAUGCAACAUUAGUCUGGAGCUGCUGCUAGGGGUUACAAAUCUGAACCUUCAUGAAGGGGGUGGAUUCCGUAUCCUAGUCCUGAAGGGAAAAGGUGUCCAUCUCCCGCUAGGCAAAUCUGUUUUUAGACACAGGGUGGCAUCCCAAUAAGUCAUGACUAAGCACCACUGGAAUCAGUGAGACCAGUUAGUCAUGAGCAAGCUGGACGGGAUGUUGCCCACAGAAACUGGAGGGGAUCUGAGUCUUCUGUACAAGGGUAUGAGUUUUUGUGGGGCUGGCGGUCUCGGAUAUUCUCCCCCGGAUUGCAGAACAUGGUUCGCUUCGGCUUUUCUUCCUUGAGCCCAUCACUGGUCCUCAAACAUCAGUCGUCUUCCUCCAUCCCCAGACGCAACAAGGGAAAGGAGCAGUGGAGGUGGGGAGAAAAGCGAAGUGUUCGUAUAGGGAUGGGUGAGCAGUAAGCAGAAUCCGGAUUCUGGAAUUUCCCACAGGGAAAUGUCAUAGCUGAAUGUCCAGGGGUGAAGAAAGGUUGGCUCAGUUGAUCAGCCAGACAAAAUAUUUCACUUGUCAAGCUAUGUUGGAACAUUGCUCAUAGGGACUUUUUUUUCCACUCAUCAGCAGGGGCGUAGCUAGGGGAAAGGGGGCCAGUGUUUACCCCUCUCCCCGAUGGCCCCUCAGAGUCA